UUAGCAGUUCUAUUUCAUACAAUCUAGUCAGUCAAACAAUUUCAGGACAAAAGAAUAAUUAUUUUGUUUUCUGGAAUCGGAAUUAUUAGACCAGUGCUAUUCUCUCUGUGGAUUAGUAGACAAUAAUAUAGGUUGGUGAAUGAAGUGAGUGUAUUAGUAGGAUUAAAUUUAUAGAAUUUCAAGUUUUGUUAAGGUAUUUUUUGCUAGGUCUUAUUGAAAGUUUAUAAAAACAUAAUUACCAGUUCACCAAGCAAGGAGUCUAUUACUCAAGGUGUCUAACUAAAGACAAACUUUAAUACUAAGUAAGUCAUAAACUAGUUGCAAUUAAUAAUUCGAGAAACUUUCGUAAGUGAGAAACUAACUUGUAAGUGACAAACUAACUUGUAAGUUACAAAUAACUUGUAAGUGACAAAGUGACUUGUCAAGUGUCUACAAAUGACUUUUAGGCUACUUCUGUAAGUGAGAAACUAACUUGUAAGUGACAAACUAACUUGUAAGUGACAAACUAACUUGUAAGUUACAAAUAGCUUGUAAGUGACAAAGUGACUUGUCAAGUGCCUACAAGUAAAUUGUAGGCUACUUCUGUAGGUGAGAAACUAACUUGAAAACCAAAGAAUUGAAUUGGUUCUGUAGAUAAUUUGUGAAACUUCUUCGAGUAAUUAACCAACUUGAAAACCAUGAGUGGUUCAUCGAGCAGAGUUUUUCGACCAAAUAUGUUGUUUCUUGUAGUAUCUGUGCUAAGUUGUGUGCUGAUGAAUACUGAAGCAGCUUUUAAGCCUAGAGAGGAGAAAACCAAAUGUCCUGCUGUUAAAGCACUUCGCAAUUUUGAUUUGGAGAAGCUCAUGGGCUCCUGGUACGUGGUUCAGUACUACGCCAGCUCUGAGGAGGACCUGUCAUACAAGUGCAUGCGUUUAGAGUUCUCCAUGUCUACCAAUGAGAUGUCAGAGCACAUGCACGUCUAUCUCAACUUCAGCUAUGUCUUCAGCGAUGAUCCAGACAAAGAAAGACUUCUUGGCAAUAUCACCUGGAUUAUACCUGAUAACAGCCAUCCGGCACAUUGGAUUCAUAUGGAGGAUAUAUACGAAGGAGUGUACAACACAUACGUUCUGGACUCUGACUACACCAGCUGGAGUCUGCUUUUACACUGCGCCGAGAAAUCAGCAAGUCCGCGCUACCUGUCCAGUUUUAUAAUGUCGCGCACAAUCAAACUUCCCGCCAACGUGAUCUCGUUUCUGCGCGAGAAAUUGCCGCGAUACGAGAUCGACCUCGAGUACAUGUUUCCGAUGUCCCAGCACCAUUGCUCCAGUCCACAGAAUGAGCUGCAUUAUGCCAGUGGUCACACAGGGAGCAAGAGGCAGAACGGUAGACGACAUCCUAUGAAGAAUGUGCAUCAUUGAGCAUUUGUGAAUCAAUGAUUCAGUAUGGUGGGCCGUCCACUAGAACCGUUUUCGGCCGAAAACUACCGAACUCGUCCGAACGAUCCCCCAACAAAGAAAGGAAUUAGAUGCUCGUCCAUUGCCGGCUCCGGCCGAUCAAUUUUUUGAUCCGAAUUGAAUGGGAUUUUCCGGCUCUAUCCGGCCGAACUAACUAGUCGAGCUGAGACAACAACUAGUGUUCCUGACCUAAAAUUGUUCCACAGUCUUGUUUGUUUUUGUUUUUUGAAGUUGUUCUGUGUUACAAAGAUGUUUUACAAGCAUUGUUCUAUUUCAAUAACGGCUGAAAAUUCAACACAUCAUCAUACUCUAUAAUUGUGUUAGCGUUAAUCCUCAAAUAAUCCUCCAAAGUCAUCAAACAAUAUUAUUUCAAGAUUUUAAGAUGUAACUUUCGUUGAUAUUUAGUUAAUACACUAGUAGUUCUGUGAACAGUAGACCUCACGCAGUAUUCUCAUCCACAAGUACCUGAUUGAAACUAUAGACCUUAUGGAAAUACAGCAAUAGACUGGCUUCUCCACACAUCUGUGUAAUCACUUGUCAGCUGAUUUAUGAUGAAUAUAUAGUCUGAUUUCUACUCUAAUAUUGGCGUAUGAAGGAGGCUCCUUUUUCCUUUUAUAUUAUCCUUGAAAUGCAAAAUUUCCAAAAACCUUGUAUAUACGUCGACGCGCAAUUAAAAAAGGAACAUACCUGUCAAAUUUCAUGAAAAUCUAUUACCGCGUUUCGCCGUAAAUGCGCAACAUAUAAACAUUCAAACAUUUAAACGUUAAGAGAAAUGCCAAACCGUCAACUUGAAUCUUAGACCUCACUUCGCUCGGUCAAUAAAUAUUUAAUAAUGAUUUUUGUAUGAUGAUAUGAAUGAAUAUCUGUGAAUUUAAACAGUUAUUUUAAUGUGUUAGGGAAAUUAUGAGUUAAUCUAUUUUGUUUCAAACAACAAUAACUAUGAGAAAAAAAAACUGAAUUCAAGUGGAAAAAUGUAGAAAAUUCUACUGAUGUGGAAUUAGAAAGUAGAAAUUAUUGUGUUAUAAUUUAUUGAUAUUGUGAUUGUGGAAUGUAAUAAAUAAAUAAUUGAUAAUUAGUAGGUACUUUCAAGUAGCAUAACUACUGUACUGGACUGACGAAAACGGUUCCAAUGGACGACCGUAUACGGCCGAGUUGACAGCCGGCAGAUUCGACCGAUCCAACGUCCGAAUGGAUCGGUUGAAUACGGUUCCAGUGGACGGUUACCCUAUGGGCUAGACAUUGUUCUUCAGUAUUUUAAUAAAUAUUAUUCUAUUCUUAAA